AUGUCGUUCAAGUCUAGACAAAGGGCUAAACAUAGCCACCUCUUUGGCGAUGAUCCUUUGAGCGCAUCGUCACCAGCAACGGAUGACCCCUUGUUUGGGUCCAGUGCACAGUCGCCUAAACCAAGUGACCCUUUACGCAGCAAGGACAAUGGCAGUAUUUUUGGGAAUAUCGAUGUCUCCAAGCUUGGAAGUGGUAGUCUAUACAGCAAGCGGUCGGCACUUCGAAGCGGUCAAGAUGAUGAAGAUGCAUUAUUUGGAGCAAGUCGUCGUAGUCCUCGUAGACAGCAAGCAACAACAUCUUCUUCUUCAUCAGCACGUUCAUCGUUAUCUGAUAAUGCAUCAUCCAAGUCAGAAAUUACUGCAACAACAAGAACAUCACCAUCAUCUCCCAAGAAACCUCCACCACCACCCGUACCCGAAAGACCAGCUUCUGCAGCUGCUACAAUUAGACCACAGCAACAAGCACCACCACCUGAAAAGAAGCCUCCACCACCACCUGUGCCUCAAAGACCAUCGAAUGUUAAGAAACCAGCACCUCCACCUGUUCCUGAAAGACCAUCAACAACGGCAACAUCGCCACCGAUGGCCCCUGAACAAAAACAACUAUCAUCACCUGCAUCAUCCUCAUCCCUCUCACAAGCACCAGCACCAGCACCAGCACAAGUAUCCAAUAACAACAAGACCAACAACACUGCAUCUUCGUCCCUCUUUAGUCGAUUCCUUAACAACAACAACAAAAAGAGCAAGUCUCAAUCGACUUCUUAUACAGACGAUAGCAACAAACAAUACGAUGAGCAACAACAACAGCAACAACAACAGCAGCAGCAGCAUGAUCCUUAUUAUGACGAUCCAGAAUUACUUGCAUCCGUUGCCAAUGAUGCUCUUCGUUUUGACACUACACCACCCGCCAUGAAUCCAUCGAUUAGCACGCCUCAGAGUGAAAGCAAUCCUUGGUCAAUACUUGUGGAUCCUAUCCGAACAACGAGUUCACCUUUGAUCAAAUCUCCUCAACAGCAACGUCAACAACAAUCAGUGAUGGAUAUUGAACCUUCCAAGCGAUCAGCCUUUGCCGAUCUCAUUGAUAGCUGGAACAAUGACAAACGCCGACCUGUACAAGUGACGCCACCAGCCGAUGAUGAGCAAUUCUUUACGCGGGUCGCUGCUGAACAAAGGGAUAUUGGAUUUGCAGGCAUUGAUAGGAAAUUGGAAGAGGAGGAGGAAGAACACGGCUUAGAUCAGCAUCGUCAUCGUCAUCAUCAUCUUAGCAGUAGUAGUAAUCAUCAUUUGUGGGAUAUUGAAGAGACCGAUAAUCCAUGGCGAUAA